CAGGAGUUCUAAAAAUUCAAUCAGGGGUUACUGUCUUUACAGAUAUCCAGUCAAUGGCAAUAAUUCAAAUUUACCAAAUCAGUUGAGCUACAUGGGCAUUGGGCACUUGUCGCUUUAGAAACUUGUAAAAUGGCUAGUGUUCGUGGAGUGAGAGGGGUCAUCCUUCCAGAUGAAACUAUAAUAGUCAGUGAGACUGCCAAGUUCUCAUACGAUAACCUUUUAGACUUAUUGUCAUUAAAGUCGAAAAAGAUGUUAUUUUUGCACAGAGAGCUAAUCUCUAAUCGUGUUUCCACUACUCUAUUCAAGCUUACUCCUUCCAAAACCUUCCAAGAGAGAAGAUCUGAUCCCGAUGGGUCAGAGUUGAGUGACUUAGACGUCACUGGAUCACCACUGGAAUAUGAGCUGGGUUAUCCAAAACUUGACGAAACUGUAUAUGACUGCAAGAAUUGGAGAAAAGAAGCAGAAUUUCAUUCACCAUUAUCCAGAUUAGAAGCAAGUGCCGCAUUGAAUUACUGUUCUGAGUAUACUUCCGAUGACGACUGGAAAUUGCCUGUGUUGGCGAUAUGCGAUGGAAAAGAUGCCGAUAAAACGGUAUUAUUGGGAUCUUACUAUGAGGAUGGAUGGUUUACUACAACACAAGUACAAAUUUUGGAUGAUCAAAAAUUGAUAAGCAUUGAAAAGCUUCCUGCCGCACUGCUCAAAGAAUAUAUCGACACGUUUUCAGUCCAAAAGCAUAAGGUAUGUAUAGCCACGAAAAGUACCUACGAAUUAUGCGGGAAAAGACCAGGGAUUACAGAUGUGUCGGAUCUGCCACCGGGUGGUUUCAAUGGUAAUUUGAGCAUUGAAGUAAACUGGAAUACUUUAUCAUUUUACGCUCCGGUCAUGGAUUCAACAACUACAUUGGUCAUGGAGAUGACACCGUACUGGGAUGGAAGCCGUUUGAAAAAUUUGUGGAAAGAAUUGAAAGUACUCGAUCAGUAUUUAAGCAUGUUAGAGCAAUCUCGGAAUAAUGAGAAACUGCCCAAACUUGCUUCAUUAAAUUCAGCUAUUUCAGAGGAAAAUAGAGAAAAAUUAAAUAAAUUAAUAAACGGAGAGAAUGAGCGGAACGAAUCUUGUGAAGAUAAUACUAAUGAAAACGAUGGACACGUUUCUGAUGACGUGAAAUUGGAAAAAAUUGUCGCCGUUAUUAAAUUCAGAGAAAACAUGGAUUUUGCCGAUUUGUUAUGGGAAUUCCUUACAGGCUGUCAUGAUUACGCGCAAGUAGCUGGCUGUCUUCUUACCCUACUACAGGAAGUCCAAUCAGGCUACGCUAGACCUCAGGCUAUUUCAACUAAUUCAGCAAAAAUCAACAAAAUCAUAUCUAACGUGAUCUUUCAAAAAGAAGCGAUGCCCAUAAUUAGUGAAAACUUACUAUUGGAGCUUUUGAUAGAUGCCGGCUUGCGAAAACUCUGCAAAGAUUAUACUUACAUAUUAUCGUGUGCAGAUUUGAUUGAUCUUUGCGAUAUUCGGGCAACGCUGUGCGAUCCACAGGAAGGGACGUUUGACAUCGAAGACUACCGAAAUAAGCUGACAUCAUUGGUAGAGAUACAUUUGUGCCUAGAGUUUACAUUGUUUGCACAAAACUACUUGAAUUGUUCAACUGUCAAUUUAAAGCACAUCCUUAGACCUGCUUUUCGAGAACAUACGUGCAAAAAUUCAACUCUCAAAUCCUCUACGAUUCUAAACCAGAAAUCGAUACAAUCCUUGAAAGUCGUGAUACCAACGAUCGUGGUGGAAGAUAUUAUACAAGGAUCACCUUCUUCGUGGAGUUUAACAUUGUCAUCGACAUCUAGUACUGCAAAAGUUACUACAACAUCGCUUUUGACUUGUACUCCAAUUAUCCCCCCGAAUAUUUACUGCUUUGAUUCGUCCAACAAACGUGAUGUAUAUCACUUUUUGAAACUUUAUUCAUCAUCUUCCAAAAUUGCCUAAGAUAACUGAACUGAACCAACUACGGAAGUUUCAGGCAUUGAAUUGAUAUUAAUUCGAGGGCUAUCACCUUGAAUAAUUAUUGAAGUGUAUUUAACAUAGCGUCUGAUAUUAUAAUUAUCAUUUGAUGAUGACGGAUUGUAACUGAUUUGACAAGUAUACAGUAUUUUG